GGCGUCGUUUCCCAUAUGCUCGACUGGAACUUAAACGCCUUUACUGAAAAUCUACUUGAAACGAUAAAUCGCCGUAGUUUGUGUUUCGAUCGGACGACGAACAAAUGGAUCCCGACAGGUAUUCCACUUUAUCUAUCCUCUAACUUGGCUUAUGAUUCAUUAUCAGACAAUUUUUUUUGUUAUAAGCUUUGCGCAAACAAAUAUGAAAAUGGCAAGUCGAGAUCUUUGCUGUUUCAGGUUAAAUUCUCCAAGCACCUGUACUGUUACCAUUGAGGUUUUGGGGCACGAAUUAGACUUUGCUCAGGAUCCAAAUUCGAAGCAUUUAGGAACGACCGUGUGGGAUGCGUCCAUGGUGUUUGCCAAAUAUCUGGGGAAAAAUAGCAGGAAGGGAAGGUUUAGUUCAUCUAAACUGAAAGGGAAACGUGCUAUUGAACUAGGAGCAGGUUGUGGCGUUGCAGGAUUUGCUUUGGCGAUGCUGGGGUGUGAUGUGGUUACAACUGACCAAAAGGAGGUAUUACCACUGCUAAAGAGGAAUGUAGAAUGGAAUACGUCCAGAAUCGUACAGAUGAAUCCUGGUUCAGCAUUUGGAUCGCUCCGGGUUGCAGAACUCGACUGGGGAAACGAAGAUCAUAUAACGGCCGUUGAGCCUCCCUUUGACUAUGUCAUCGGUACUGAUGUUGUAUAUUCUGAGCAGCUUCUGGAACCGCUAUUGCGUACGAUACUUGCAUUAUCAGGGCCAAAGACAACAGUUAUGUUGGGAUAUGAGAUACGUUCGACGGUUGUUCAUGAGAAAAUGCUUCAGAUGUGGAAAGACAACUUUGAAGUCAAAACCAUACCGAGAUCCAAGAUGGAUGGUGAAUACCAAGACCCGAGCAUUCAUCUGUACAUCAUGGCACAGAAAUCUGCUGCCGAGAGCUCUGGAAACGUAAGCCGAGAUGAAGUUGUUAUAGACACAGACGAAACAAAGUGUGAGACGAAAGUCCCAACCGGAGAAUGCCAUAAGAGGGUGGAAGAGGAAGCUGUUGUUACACAUGGUCCUCGUCUUAAUGAAGAUAGUUUGUUGAUGAGACUACGGGAUGGAAAGCUAAGUGAAUGGGAGAUGAGAAGGUAUGGUACAGUUGCUGCACAGCUUCUCCGUGACGUUAAGAUAGAUGUUCAGGUGAAAAAAUAAUGUUGCAUUAGCUACUUUCAGAGCCUUGUUCCUCAAGAUCCACCACUUUAAUUUUUAGUUUUGGUAUCAUGGAGACUCUAUACAAUGAAUGAAAUCUUCCUUUUCUUAUUUUCUGCAUUGUUUUCUGAUAUAAU